AUGUUUGUCAUUUUGUGUCCUGCAGACGUCUGUGAAGAACAACUUCUGCCUGAAAAACAGGAGAGUAGCUUCAGGAUGUUGAAGGAGGAUCCACCAAAGAGGAAGACCAGGCACCACGGACCCUCUGGCGUCUCCUUUUCCUCUUUGACACAGACCCUUCCCUGUAAAAAGGAAGAGGAAGACUCACUGACCCCCCACAUUAAAGAGGAAGAGGAGGAACACAGCAUCAGUCAGGAGGGAGAUCAUAUUGAAGAACUGGUGGAGUUCCCAGUGACUGGUGUCACUGUGAAGAGUGAAGAUGAUGAGGUCAAAGGUGAAAGUGAGGAGAAGAGAGAGGCGGAGCCUCCAAGCAGCAGCUCAACACAACACAUGACAACAGAAGCUGAUGGAGACCACUGUGGAGGAUCACAAGCAGACAAGAUCUUAGCUCCACUAUCAGAUAGUGAGGACACAACGUCACACUCUCCUGACACUGAUGAUGAACACUCUAAAGAUGAUGCAACAUGUCACACUGACAACACUCACUUGAAGUGUUCCCACUGUGACAAAACCUUUAAGUACCAUAGCCUUCUGAAAAGACACAUGAGAAGACACACUGGAGAAAAACCUUUUUCUUGCUCAGAAUGUGGUAAAGGUUUAGUAACAAGUGGACAUUUAAAAGUACACAUGAGAAGACACACUGGAGAAAAACCUUUUUCUUGCUCAGAAUGUGGAAAAUGUUUAGUAACAAAUGGACAUUUAAAAGUACACAUGAGAACACACACUGGAGAAAAACCUUUUAUCUGUUCACUCUGUGGUAAAGGUUUUACACAAAGUCAGAAUUUGAAAGUACACAUGAGAACACACACUGGCGAAAAAACUUUUUCCUGUUCAAUGUGCAACAGAAGCUUUUGUGACCGAUCAAACCUUGUAGCACACAUGAGAACACACACUGGUGAAAAACCUUUUUCCUGUUCAAUCUGUGGUAAAGGUUUUACACAAAGCCACCAUUUGAAAGUACACAUGAGAACGCACACUGGCGAAAAAAUUUUUUCCUGUUCAAUCUGUGGUAAAGGUUUUACACAAAGUAACAAUGUGAAAGUACACUCUAGAACACACACUGGUGACAAAUCACAUUCCUGUUCAAUCUGCAACAGAAUCUUUUGUGACCCAUCAAACCUUGUAGCACACAUGAGAAGACACCCAGGAGAGGAAGUGUGGAGUUGCAGUGUGUGUGGUGAAAGAUUGUCUUCUAAGUACCAGUGUAAGAAACACAAGUGUGCUGGUGAGAACAGCAGCAGCAAAUGAAACUGCAGGAUUUGAAAUAAACUGUCAAGACUUUAAUGUUGACUUUCUAACAUACUUGCUGACC